AUGCUAGGCUACAAUACUAUGUACGAGAAGAAGUACGAGUAUGAGCAGCUUCCACAGUCGCCCCGCUGGGCGCAAGAAUCAGCUUACCGUCGUUUACGGAGUUAUGGCACCUCAAGAGCCCGAGUGACGCGUUUGCCAGUCAUUGUCGGGACAUUCAUCUUCUCUGCGAUGCUGUUUGUGUUUUUCACAGGAGCAGCACCAGGCAAUCUUCACCUCCUAAUACCAGCAUCGGGCAAGGACGAGAACCUUUGUAAGGCUAUCGUCGGUGCUGCUAUCCUCGGCUACCCAUCACCCAAAGUUCUGAACUGGGGUAAGACCUUUAACGAUGAACGUCUCGUCUCUGGCGGUUCGCAUAUCGCAAAGAUCAGUGGUGUUUCCUCUUAUCUCGAAAGUCUAUCGCCAGAGCAAGAUGAAGAUUUGAUUGUCAUGACUGAUGGUUACGACACAUGGUUCCAGUUGAGACCAGAGACACUCAUCCAACGCUACUUUGACAUCAAUCAACGCGCCAACGAACGCAUCCGCCGCGAACUGGGCGACAACGUCGUCGACGCCAACAAGAUUGAGCAAAAAGUUGUCUUUUCCGCACAGAAGAGGUGCUGGCCUUGGGCUGCCGACGCAGCACCCUGUUACGCCGUUCCGCAGUCCACGCUUCCUGAUGACAUCUUCGGACCUGAAACCGACACAGACGUCGGUGACCGAAACCCAUACCUCAAGUUCCGUCCGCGCUACCUUAACUCAGGAGUCGUUGUCGGCACGGCAGGCGCCAUGCGCCUACUCUUUGCCGAGGCUCUGCUCCGUGCAAAGAAGGACCCCAAUUUUGGCAGUGACCAGAACAUCUUUGGAGCCAUCUUUGGCGAUCAGGAGGUCUACCGAGAAGUUGUGCGACAAAGAGACGUCGCUUUGAACCAACACCAGCACAAUCUUCGCAGCGAAGGUGCACACAGAGGUUUGAUCCGCGAGCAGGAUCUCGAAGCCGUGAGGAACAUGACCCGCAGCAUGGAAUUCGGCAUCGGUCUCGACUACGAAGGCUCAAUCUCUCUACCCACCGUCUUCUCCGAAGACGACACCGAAUGGGUAAACUUCGACAACCAACCCUGGCUCGACUUUUUCAACUACAAGCGCAACAUUGACAAGACACACAACAAACUCGUGCUUGCACACGACAUUGCGGAAACGGCUGUGCCACUUACCAGCAAUGGCACUGAUGGUGUUGAGUCCAAGAAUUGGUCGCAUGUGCCUCUAUUUACCAAUGUGCCUACUGGAUUCGCGCCAGCCAUCAUCCACCAUAAUGCUCACCGCGACGGCAUGAAAAACUUGCGUCGCACGGUAUGGGAUAAGAUAUGGUUUCAGCCCUAUGCUCGCGUGCUCAUGGAUCAGUACAUGGAUACCCCUCUGUCGGCUCUGGCAGUCGCAGGAGGUAGGGAAUGGAGGAGCAGUGAUGAGUGGAAGGGCGGUGUAAGAGAUGACGUUGGCCAAUGGCUGCCAUACCAAGAUGUCUGUGGCGGCACAGAAGACGAAGUUUUCAGAGAUGGAAAGGGCCCCUGGAUUGCAAGUCGACAUGUCUGA